CCGACCAGUGUCAGUCAAGGAUGUAGAAAUCCGCCUAAAUCCUAAUAACUUACAUAUUUCUAUGAAGUAACGUUCUACUAUGCUUGUAUCAACUUACUGCUUUCUUCAUCAUAGUGCAACUGUUUUCAGCUUGCAGUGGUUCGGAGUGUGGUGCUGUACGUGGUGAUGUUAUUGUUUUGCUAAAAGUCCCACUAGGUCGCGAUAACUUGUUAAAAACGAUAUAGCCCAAUGUUAUGCGCUUCAUGCAUUCGCGCUACAGUUACGCUCUAGUGGAGGUCACACCAAAAGUUGUCCUCUAGUUUCAGUUCAUGGAGUUUCUUUCAGCAUUGUGUUAUCGCCGCUAAUCCUUCAACUCGUGUUCUGGCCUUUCAAGAAUUUUGGAGGCUUAUAAUUAUCUUGAAACAAAAUGUCCGUUACUCCGAUUUUUAGAACUCCGUUUACCGAUCUUUCGAGUGCGACUCUGAACUAUGAAACCAUAAAACAGUGCCGUCCUUUUUACGUUCAGUACGCAAAGUGCCAGGAAGCUUGGGGUGGCUCCCAGUUUCCGUCGCGGUGCAGGUACGAGCAUAUGGAUUUACUGGAGUGUGUGCACCAUAUCCGACAACAGCAACGUACAAAGGCGAUUCAAGAUCAGCGGGAAAAAUUAUUCAGAGAAGGAAAGAUUAAAAACAGAUACAUGGAGGCUCCGCUCCCCGAUAUUUUCUCUCAGACGCACUUGAAAGAUCCUUGGUAAAAAUUUGUGUCAGCCCAAAAUGUUUUUUGGCAGAUGAUGAAAAUUCCGGCAGUUCCGUAAGGAUCAUUAUCUGAUGUAGCGUCUGAGUUAUUUGUCUCAAUAUGAUAAAAAAAACAUUCACAAAAAAGAAAAACGUCUCCUGGCAAGAAUAGUUUUAAUAGACAUAAGAAUGAUAUUUGAAUGUCAUUAUUCAGCAUGGUAAAAUGUUACAUAAAUGAAAAAAGAAUAGGAGAAAAUAAAUGUGAUUUUAGAAUGUAUUAAUAUAGCCAU